AAGAGAGAAAAGAAACAAUUUUCACAAUUUCAAAAUUUUAUUCUUUCUUUUUCUAAUUAAAAUUUCAUUUGAUUGAUAACCGAUUCCUCCCAAGCAAAGCAAACAAAAAGUGCAGCGCAUACCAGUAGUGCGGGAAGGGGAAAAAGAAACCUGAAUAUUUUUUUAUUCUUUUCCGGCGAAAAAAAAAUUAAUGGAUGAUGAAGUUGUCCAAAGAGUAUUCCAAGAAGGAGGACGAGAUUAUUUCCAGCAACAACCUUCGACUUCUACCUCGUCUUCUUCUUCUAUUCUCCAGUCUCUACCUCUCCAUGUGUCAUUUGAUCAUGGCUAUUAUUUGCUUGUCAAAUCCAUACAAGAACUCAGAGAGAAAAAGGAGGGUCUUGUCACAGUCGGCAUUGGUGGUCCUAGUGGAUCAGGCAAAACUAGCUUAGCAGAGAAGGUAGCAUCUGUUAUUGGUUGCACUGUUAUACCAAUGGAGAACUACCGUGUUGGAGUUGAUGAAGGGACUGAUUUGGAUUCAAUAGAUUUUGAUGCAUUGAUCCAAAAUCUUGAGAAUUUGACAGAAGGGAAAGAUACUAUGAUACCAGUGUUUGAUUUCCAACAAAAGAAACAUGUUGGCUCCAAACCUAUAAAGAGUGCUAUGUCUGGGGUGGUAAUAGUUGAUGGUACUUAUGCUCUGCAUGCAAAAUUGCGCUCUCUGCUUGAUAUUCGGGUCGCAGUGGUUGGUGGUGUUCAUUUUAGUCUUCUUUCCAAAGUUCGAUAUGAUAUAGGAGAUUCUUGCUCACUGGAUUACCUUAUUGAUAGCAUUUUUCCUUUGUUUAGAAAGCUCAUUGAGCCAGACCUUCAUCAUGCACAGAUUAGAAUUAACAACAGCUUUGUAUCAUCAUUUAGAGAAGCAAUCUACAAGCUGAAAUGCAGAAGUGAGACACCUGACGGACAGUCUUCCUUUCUCCUUAAAGAUGAGGCACAAACUGAUAAUUUCAUUGAGAUGUACCUUAGACCCCCAUCAGCAAGUGACGAAGCACGGAUAAAUGAUUGGAUUAAGGUGCGACAAUCUGGUAUUCGAUAUUAUCUGUCACUCGGGGAUCAGAGAAUUGUGGACAAAAAUUUCAUUAUCAGACCAAAAGCUGAAUUUGAGGUUGGACGGAUGACACUAGGUGGACUGCUGGCGUUGGGCUACAAUGUUGUUGUUAGUUACAAAAGGGCAUCAACAUCAGUUAAUAUUAGCAGCCUUUCUCUGUCAUUUGAAACAAUUGACACACUUGGGGAAACCUUCUUGGUGCUUAGGGGCACAGAUAGGAAAACAGUUGGAGCAGAAGCAUUGAGAUUGGGAAUUACUGGACAAUGGAUCACUAAAUCAUAUCUGGAAAUGAUUCUUGAAAGAAAAGGUGUACCACGCCUCAAUACUCCUCCACUUGUUUCUGCUACAUCUAUCUCUAGUAAUCAAGAAAAAGUGAUUGCAGCACCAAAGCCCAUUCGUACCACUCCAAACCUUGUAAACCGGCUUGAGGAUUUAUCUCAACCUUGGACUCGAUCUCCAACAAAAUCCCAAAUGGAACCUGUAUUACCAACAUGGCAUUUUGCCUCAUCAGAUCCUUCACAUGGUGGUUCAGUUAUAGCAACAGGUUCUUCUGCUUUCAGGGAUACGAUGAAACUUGCCCCAAUGCCUGAUUCACAUGACUUGGAUCGAGGCUUACUUCUUUCCGUGCAAGGAAUACAGUUUUUGUUGGAGAAUAAAGGAGUUCCAGUUAUUGUUGGAAUUGAACUCAUAUGUUGUUAUAUCUCACCUGUAUUUGCAGGUGGUCCAAGUGGAUCUGGAAAGACAAGUUUGGCACAUAAAAUGGCAAAUAUUGUUGGUUGUGAAGUAGUUUCCCUUGAAAGCUAUUUUAAAUCAGAGCAAGUUAAGGAUUUCAAAUAUGAUGACUUUAACUCUCUUGAUUUGCCUUUGCUUUCAAAGAACAUUGGUGACAUAAGGCAUGGUCAAAAGACAAAAAUACCUGUAUUCAACUUGGAGACUGGUUCUCGUAGUUGUUUCAAAGAGCUUGAAAUUUCUGAAGAUUGUGGGGUGAUCAUUUUUGAGGGGGUUUAUGCUCUGCAUCCUGAAAUCCGAAAAUCCCUUGACUUGUGGAUUGCUGUUGUUGGAGGUGUUCAUUCACACCUGAUUUCUCGAGUUCAGAGAGACAAAAGCAGAGUGGGGUGUUUUAUGUCCCAAAAUGAGAUCAUGAUGACAGUGUUCCCAAUAUUCCAGCAGCACAUUGAACCACAUCUUGUUCAUGCACAUCUAAAAAUUAGAAAUGACUUUGAUCCUGUUCUUUCUCCCGAGAGUUCACUGUUUGUUUUGAAGAGUAAUAAACAGGUGGCCUAUCAAGAUAUUUUGAAUAUCCUCGACUCUGCUAAGUUCUGUAGUUCUGUUCAGAAUUUCAUUGAUAUAUAUUUAAGGCUUCCCGGAAUUCCUACAAAUGGGCACUUAGCAGAGAGUGACUGUGUACGUGUCAGAAUAUGUGAGGGAAGAUUUGCAUUAUUAAUACGAGAGCCAAUUAGGGAAGGGAAUUUCAUCAUUCAACCUAAAGUGGAUUUUGACAUUAGCAUCAGUACAGUGUCUGGCCUUCUUAACCUUGGGUAUCAAGCUGUAGCCUACAUUGAAGCAUCUGCACUGAUUUACCAAGAUGGCAAGAUUCUUAUUGAGGUUGAUCAUCUACAAGAUGCCCCUAGCCCUUACGUACAGAUCAAAGGGAUCAAUAAAGAGGCCGUGGCAGCCUCUGGUUCAGCAUUGAAACUCAACGGCUCGUACACGACAAAGAGUUAUCUCCAAAUAAUUUUGGAAGGAUUACCAUUGGUGGAAAGAAAUUACAGUGGAAUUCACACUCAUCAAGCUGCAAGGUUGCAGGAGCUUGUGGAGUCUAUUCAAUCCCAGUGGACCAAACAGGGUGGCGGUACACCAUCAGAAUCCUCACAUAGCAGGGAGGCUUCUCCAAUGGAUAGCAUAAUAGAAGACAUGCAGUCCCGGAUACGGAGGCUUGAACGAUGGCAAACCAUCAAUACGGUGCUGUGGACCUUUUUGAUGUCUGCUCUUGUUGGUUAUUCUCUUUACCAAAGACAGCGACAAUAACAAGACUUCCUAUAAUCUACUACCCAAACUGACCCAAAAAAAAGUCCUCACAAAUUACAGGCUUAAAGAGAUUACAAUUCAAAUA